AUGAAUCCGAGACUCUUCAUCAUCCAAGUAGCUGAAAAGGGCAAAAUCAAGCACGAAUAUGGCGAUGGCGAAAACGCGCAGAACAGCAAAUAUCUCUGGAGCCCUGAUCUGGCGCCCGUUGAACCUGCGCGACGGACAUGGGGAUGGUACAAUUUCAUGAAUCUCUGGAUUUCCGCCUCAUUCAACGUCAACACAUGGCAGCUUGCCGGCAGCUACGUCGCCAGUGGUCUGGCUUGGUGGCAGGGAUGGCUCUGCAUAUGGGCAGGAUACAUUCUCACCGGACUAUUCGUCUCCCUCGGUGGUCGCAUGGGAGCCAUGUACCACAUCCCCUUUCCUGUGGCGAUCCGCUCGUCUUUUGGUAUCUAUGGCUCGGUUUGGCCUGUGCUCAACCGCAUCGUCCUGGCCAUCAUCUGGUACUCUGUCCAGAGUUGGAUUGGGGGACAGUGCCUUUACCUCAUGCUUUGCGCCGUUUGGCCUUCGACCGCUCGGAUUCCAAACGGUCUCCCAGAAUCUGCGCAGACAAGCACCAAGUACAUGAUGUGCUUUUUUUUGUUUUGGCUCUUUCAACUUGUCGGGAUCUACUUCCCUCUGCAUAAAGUGAGACAUCUAUACACCAUCAAGGCCGUGACAGCUCCCAUCGGAGGCGUCGCAUUUGCUGCAUGGGUUGCAGUCAAAGCCGGUAGUGGUGCCGGUCCAGUCAUGAGCCAAAGCAGCUCUCUCAAGGGGAGUGCCUUGACUUGGACAGUGAUUCAGGCAAUCAUAUCAUCCCUGGACAAUUUCAGCACUUUCAUUUUGAAUGACUCGGAUUUUACUCGAUUCGCAAAGAGGCCAUCUAACGCGCUCUGGUCGCAACUGUUCACCGUUCCUCUUACUUUCUCUAUCACUUCCUUGGUCGGCUUGAUUGUUUCUAGCUGUAGCGCCACGCUGUACGGCUCACCACUCUGGAACCCUCUUGAUGUCUUGGAGCGGUUUGUGACAGAAAACCCAACGAGCAGUGAUAGGGCAGGAGUCUUCUUUUUGGCUCUGAUCUUUGCCUAUGCCCAGGCCAUGACCAACCUGACAGGUGCCAAUUCCGCCGGCAGUGAUUUCACAGCGCUUCUCCCUCGUUAUCUCAACAUUCGGCGUGGCGGAUAUGCCGCUGCAACGCUGUGUUGGGCCUGUAUGCCUUGGAAAUUACUGUCAAGCAGCAACAACUUCUUAGCAUACGUCGGGGCGUACAGCGUCUUUCUUUCUGCCUUUGUGGGGCCAUACUUCUGCGACUACUACAUAAUCCGACGUGGCCAUCUUUCGGUCGUCCAGCUCUACUCGAAUAAGUCUUCGGAUCUUUACUGGGGUUUGGGUGGUUUCGGCAUCAACGCCUACGUGGCAUAUCUAGCUGGAUUGAUCUUCAACAUCGUCGGUGUUGCUGGAGCGAUGGGUGCAAAGGUACCAAUUGGCGCUUGGUACUUGUAUCAAUUCAACUUCCUCACGGGUGUUCUGGUGAGUGGAGUAGCUUACUACCUGAUGUGCGUUUUCGGACCCUUCAAGGUCCAUCACAGUGAGGGCUGGAACGAGACUGGAGAUGCCGAGCUCGUCUCAUCAAUUAUGAUCCACAGUGUGGAAGAGUCGGCCGGGGGAAUUAUGAUCCACGGUGUGGAAGAGUCGGCCGGGGGUUUCUCCGAGGAGGUCAAGGAGGACAGCAAGAUGCCCGUAAUCGAGGCUUUCAAGAGUUGA